AUGAAAGAUCCCAUGGAGCAAGACUACGAGCAGAUCCAAAGAGAACGCCUUCCAACUUUGUAUGAAGUGCUCAUUCAGGUUACGAAGGCGCCUGUGGACUCGUGGGAAUUCUACACAUACUUGUCGCAGUUUCCGUAUGCAAUUGACUAUCUUGACUUUUGGAUUGAUCUAAUGGCCCACAUAAGACUUUGUAAGGACUAUGUGAAGGGUGUUAGGGAAUCUGUUGAGUUUAAUGAGACAAUUGCUAGUCGUAACCGCGAUGAGGUAAACAUUGAGGAUGACAACGAAUCAGUGAGCUCAUCUGUAUUAUUAGAUGCAUUAUUAAAUGAGGGCUAUUUGGAUUUCCAAAAUACCAAAAGGGUAUCCCAGUUUUUGCAGGGAGAUACAAACGAUUCACCCAGAGUAUCGCGAUUAGUAGACGGAUGGAAACGGCAGUCUGGAAUUGCAGACGGUCAAAAUCAUCCUUUAGCGCUAAUGGUAGAUGAAAUGCUACGAAAGGAGACUAGGAAAUUGAAACAACCAAAGAUAACAAGGAAACAGCUGGUGAACAAUGCUUUGCAAAUCUGCAAUAUUUAUUUGUUAAAAUCUGCCGAAGACAACAAAUACCUAAUCAACGUCCCAGAGCGAGUAAAAAACCAAGUGUUGUACGAUGUCCAGCAAGAACAAAGGCACGAUCCUGCGGUAUUUGAGCCACUGAAAACUGUCGCAUAUCAGUUUCUCGAGAUCGACUGUUUUCCCAAAUUUUUAAGCACAGUGGCCCUCCAUAACAUCCACGACCAGAUCUCGAAUUGGAGGUACCAAUCGCCCGGGCUACGACGCCAUCGUUCAAAAUCCCCAUUUUCCAACUACACCGUACUAAGCAGAGUACUCAUAGGGCUAAUAUGGCUGGGGAUCGGGUUCUGGAUUGGCUACACACUGAUAUUCCUCCACUACAGCAGAGCCAUCCGCGUAGUAACUAUCGUACCUUUUGCACUCGGAUCUUACUCCAUAGUAUGCGGUCUCUAUCAAGUGGAUAUCCUCUACGCAUUCUUCGGUCUAACCCAGGCUCUCAUGUACCAAGAAAAGGAUGGUUCGCAAACAGAUCGCAAACAUAGUCAUGACUACUCAGAAAUUCCCACAAUUUUCAAACUUCUGGGAGGCAGAUCGAGACUCAUAAAGAUACAACACGACUUCAUCAAGAAAUUAUUGUGGAAGCGAGCGUUAUGGUGCGGCUUCCUGACGACCCUGGCAACGGCCAUCCUAACUGUUAUUUUCAGUUGCGUCCCAGGUUACAGACUAUAG